AUGGAAUUCAUCAGAGCUCUCAAGAAGCGUAAAGCCAAUCCUCCAAGCACCACCGAUGAAGGUUCCACCACCACCACCUCUGACAAUACUUCAUCCAAUGGUUCCUUCUUUUAUAAUCUCUUCUUUGGAUCUCCAUCAAAAUCCAACAAAUCCGCGAGUAAUAUUGCUUGUACCUCUUCCAAAAAACGAACACAAGACCAUGGUCAACAAGAUUAUUAUCAUUCUUCCUCCUCCGAAGAUGAAGAAGAGAAUAAAGAAAAUCAACAACAACAACAUUCCACAACAAAAAAGAAGAAACGAACCACCUCGAAAUAUCCACACUUGAAAAAACAACGAGAUGAAAUCAAAAAGAUGAAAGACUCCAUUCAAUCUUUGGGUUCUAGUGAUGCAUCAAAGAACUUAUCCAACGCUACUCUUGGCUGCUCCAUGACUUCAAAAGAAAAUCUAUCAUCACUCCAUUCCACAACAACAACAACAACACCUCAAUCAAGAGGAAAGAAAAAGUCUCUACUUGGACAUUUAUUCUCAUUCACAUCAGCAAACGAUGCUGAAUCUCCUCAACCCAUUCAAAAAGAACCUUUGAAUUCUCCCACGUGUGUUGGUGGAACAACUUUUGUGAGUAAAAUUUCAGAAAUGACCAAACAAGAUUUGGAUCGAAUGAAAGGUGUCUAUCGAUCUCCACUUUAUACCAAUACACCACCAAAACCAAACAGGAAUGUCAUGUCUCCCCUCAUCACUCAAUCCUCCAAUUCAUUAUUAUUUAAUGAAAAUAAUCACUCAAUGAUUCGAGAAUUAGUCUCUCCUUCAAGUAUAUUGAUAGCCUCGAACAUGAUGAUUCCUCCAACCAUUCAGACACAUUCCAAAACUCUUGAUUCUCGAAGAAAAUCCACUCCCAAUGAGAGUCUGUAUGACACGAAUCCUUUGAUCAAUGGAAUGAUGACGACAAACACCUCAAAUUCUCAUUCUCGAUCGAGUAUGGAAAGUAUUCCUCCAAUAUUGAGUAGUAGUAGUACUCAACACUCAUUAUCACGUGAGCAAUCUUCAAGUUCUGGAUUUUCUACUCAUAGCUUAGGUACACUUUCAUCAUCUCAUAGUUCAGGAACAACUCCCUGUAGUAAUGGUAGUAGACCUUUAUCCAUUCAUUAUGGAAAUUGUCCUUCAUUAACAAGUACUCAACAAUUAUUGGAGAAUGUACCUCAAUUUCCCUAUGUGUUUAAUCUCAUCUUAUUUAGAGGUUCUAAAAUUAAGAAUAGUGGAAAUGGAUUCAAGGAUCACUCCAAUGUCUAUGCUGUUGUUGAAGUUGGAAAUCACAAAAAGACUUCAAGUGUUAUUAAGAAUUCAUCAAAUCCUGUUUGGAAUGAACAAUUUCAGUUAAUGUUCUCGAGUCCAGUGGAUCCAUUUGAUCAAAAUAUUUCAACUGGUAUGAAUCGUUCGGUGGUGAGCAUUCGAUUGUAUGAUCAUGACGAUAUCUUUGAACAUGAAUUUUUAGGAAAAGUUGAAAUUCCAUUGCAUGAUUUAAUUGUACAGUGUGGGCAUGAUACGGGAAAGUUUAAUGGAAAUGGACAAUUAAUUAUGAAACGUUCAUCAACCAUUAAGGAAGUUGUGAAAUUGCAAAAUGUGGAAUGUGGACAAAUUGAAAUUCAAUAUCGAGUAGAACAUCACGUGAAAAAGACUUUACACAACGUUGACGUUGUUAAAUAUAACUUCUUUUAA